GCCAGAGCCAGCUGGUGCUGCAAUGGGUGCGAAGGACAAGUAUGAGUAUAUAUCCCGCACCGAGCUAUUAGCACAACAGUCAGUCGAACACAUCAACAUGUACGCCCUGGUCUGUCUGUCCGCCCUCGUGGCUGUCGCUGCUGCCGGCAUUGUGGCCCCCGUCGUCCCAGUCGUCCACGCGCCCCUGGCUCACAGCUCCGUCUCUGUGGUCAGAUCUGCCGUGGUCCACCCUGCUCCAGUCGUGCCUGUAGUCAAGGCCCCCCUGGUCCACCCUGCCCCAGUGGUGCCUCUAGUCAGAGCCCCCUUGGUCCACCCUGCCCCAGUGGUACCUGUGGUUAGAGCCGCUCCUGUCGUCCACGCCGCUCCUCUUCUCCAUGCUCCUGUCGUGCACCACGCCCCGGUUCUUGUGCACUAAGUCUGAAACAAAAAUAAAUAAAAGUUUUAUUUUUAUAUAAAA